UUGAAUGAUGUUGAGUUUGAAUCAGAAGAAAAAAUGGAAUAUUCGAGUGAGUCUCGAGGAUUAUGUUGUGGCCUACACGGCCCCGAGGAUCUGAGCGGGGUCGAAACGCUCGCCGUUGACCUCCUUAACCCCUCUCUUGAGGCUGAAAAAUCAAGACACAAGCUAAAGCGACUUGUUCAAUCGCCAAACUCAUACUUCAUGGAUGUUAAAUGCCCAGGAUGCUUUGCGAUCACAACUGUGUUCUCCCAUGCACAGACAGUAGUGCUCUGCAGCUCAUGUUCUACUGUUCUAUGUCAACCCACCGGUGGCAAGGCCAGGCUAACGGAAGUUGAGUGGAGCGGCUCACCAACAUUUGAACACUUUGGCCCAGUCUCGAGAUCUGUGCUGGGGUUUAGACUUGUUUUAAGACCUUUAGUAGUUGAUAGCUAUACGACUUCUUCCAUCUUUAUACCGAAAAAAGGCCCAACGAG